GGAACGGUCUGUGAGAGCGUGAAGGACGGGGGACUGAGCGAGUUUUUGGGCAGAGUGGUCGAGUCACUGCGGCGGUGACAACAUAAGAACUGAGCACUGCUUGCUGAUCGGCUGGACAGAGAAGUAUAUAACCAUGCAACAAAUGUCACUGGCUCCCGUGGAGGGGACGUUACAUCGCAGAGUGCCGACCCUGCCAGCGAUCAAGCCAGACAGGCUAAAAACAGCUAAAGCACUAGUGGCAAAAGCAGUCAAGCUGAAGAAAGUGUUUUCAGUGCAGGGACCGUACCCUGUGAUCCGUGCCGCCUUGUGGGCCAGAGGGUGGGUGGAACGUCGUGUCCCCCAUCCGGUCCAGAGAGCCAGUCAUUGCCAUGGCAACAGGGAGGAAGAUGGUGAUGGCAGUGCUGAGGUUACUGAGAGAGUGGGUGAAGGCGAGAAAGAGGAGAACCUUGAUGACAUGUAUGACCUCAUGUCUCGCCUGGUUCGAAAUGAAACAACAUAUUUCCACUGGACACUACGUCGUGAUUACGUAGACUUUCGCUCCUUACGGAAUGAACAAAUGACCAACCACUACGCAAAUUCUGGGACGUUUACUACCAAGGUUGGCCUCUGUGUGAACCUGCGUAACCUUCAGUGGUUUGAUACAGCAGAUCCUGACACCUUCUUCCCAAGGUGCUACAGGCUUGGGACAGAGGAUGAAAAGCAGGCUUUCAUAGAUGAUUUCAGGAAGACAGCAUGCACCAGCCUGCUGCAGCAUGUGGUUAAGACAAGCAGAUGGAGGAGAGAUGGAGCAGAGGACUUAGAUAAUGUGGAGCAUCGAUUUGUUGGUCCGGAGCUGAUUGACACAGCUUUGCACGUCUGUCAAGAGUUUCUCAAUAUUUUAGAUCACAGAGACAUUGAUGUUACCGUAGAAACAUCGGCUUCAGUGGAAGAGCAACAUUGGGUGGAGUUUUUGCAGGACUACUACAUGGUUGUGCAUAAAGGUGCAUUGAUCAGGGGUAGCAGUGUGUUUGUGGAGCGCUGCCAGGCCACUUUAAACAAAAUGCAGGAGGCUUGCCCUCAGCUGGAUACUGAUGGACUAAAAAACAUCUGGAUCAUCAAACCAGGUGCCAAGUCGAGAGGACGGGGUAUUAUGUGUAUAAAUCGUCUGGAGGAGAUUUUGGCACUUGUGGACAGUGACAGAGCCCUGACAGAGAGUAAGUGGGUGGUUCAGAAAUACGUUGAAUGUCCUCUGUUGGUCCACGGCACCAAGUUCGACAUCCGUCAGUGGUUCCUCAUCACCGACUGGAACCCUCUGACGGUCUGGUUCUACAGCGAGUGCUACCUGCGAUUCUCCACCCAGCCAUACUCAACAAACACUCUGGACAGCUCCGUCCACCUGUGCAACACUUCCAUCCAGAAGCACUUUCAGCCGUCCUCUGAGCGCCAUCCUGCAGUGCCGGUGGAAAAUAUGUGGUCGUGCAGUCAGUUUAGGGCGUAUCUUCAGCAGCAGGGCCGUGGGGCAGAGUGGGAGUCAGUGGUGGUCACGGGCAUGCAGCAAGCAGUGGUCCGUACCCUGCAGACAGCCCAAGACCUGGUCGAGCCCCGCAAGGCGAGCUUUGAGCUCUACGGAGCCGACUUUGUGUUGGGCCGAGACCUGAAGCCUUGGCUCCUGGAGAUCAACGCCAGUCCGACUAUGGCCUGCUCCACUUCUGUGACCGCUCGCCUCUGCCCAGCUGUGCAGCUGGACAUUCUGAGGGUGGUGCUGGACAGACGGACGGAUCCUAGUGCUUACACAGGAGGCUUCCAGCUAAUCUUCAAACAGGCUGCAGUUGAAGUUCCUCCGUAUGUGGGAGUGAACUUGCUGGUGGAAGGAGCCCCCGUACGGCGAUCCAGACACCGACUUCAAAAACAAACUGUUUUUUCUAGUCCAACUCUCGCUAUCCAUUUCUCUCCAGACCGGUCUUUGUCAGAAAAAGUUGAAAUGACACAAAAACCAUCGAGUCAGAGGUACGCACUCACCGCUUUCUGCCACUCAGGCAAGGAGAAGCACACCGCUGAAGAGAAAAACAGACAGCUGACCACAUCUUUUCAGCGGGAACGAGAGGGGAGGACAAAUAUCCAGAACACCUCCUGUGUUGACAUCGCCUGUCGCAGUCUGCCGUGUGAACACCCUUCGAUGGUACACACUGAACCUCAGAGAAAAGCUCGACGUCUGGGUUUGGGCCUUGGUGCCAAAGUAGCAACUCUGGUCCCACGGAGCUUUUCCUUUUCCCUCAGCCCUCCUGUCAACACAGGCCAUCAACCACUCGUCUCCAGAUCCGUUCUUCCCCAGACAGCUUUUAAACUCCAACAGAGAUCUCCUAUUAGGGGCUUUCCUUCACUCCCGGGCCCUCUUCCUACCAUGGAGGUCUUUAGCUUGCAACCGAGCAUUGUGUCUGGUACCACUGCCUGUCGUAAUCCACACUUGUCCUUUCACCACAGUGUCCACAAGCGUCAGUUAUUCCGCUGCACGGAGGAACAUGAAAAUGAUCGGUAUUAAGUGUCAAAGAGACCGGAGCCUGAUGAGCAACAAAUAAAAUAUUUAAAUCACAACCUA